AUGAUCGCUCCAAAAGCCCCAGCCUCCAUAAUUUACGUUCAUUGCUGCAUGUCCUCUCGUUCCCACAAUAGACGUGUGAGUAAGCUCAAUUGCAGAAGAUACUCGAAACACUGCUACGUUAUCACUCGCAGAAAUGUCCAUCAACAUGUCUUCACUAUUGAGAAGGGUGCUCUAAUUCUCAAUGCGGCGAGAAAGUCUAGAGGUACCAGUCCUAACCUUGAUGAUAUUGCUGUUGCUUCCCCGGCUAUAACGCGGCUGACCAGGAUAGCCACCCUUCUCCUAACCUUCCUCUGGAUCCUGUUCCUCAUCACUUUUUCUACGAGGGUUAGUGUCUUGGGGAUGUUAUAUCAUGUGCACGUUACUAACCAUAAGCGCACGCCAGAGGGAAAUGGAGCAGCCCUCAAGCCAACUCUUGAUGGGAAGGCUUCCAGUGUAAUAGGAUCGGGAGAACAGCACGCCGGGAAAUCAAAGAAACACACUAGACAGGGAUUACAAGGAGCAUUGCUCCAAGCAGAAACACUUGGAACUAUGAAUAGCAUUAUUAUCGCGGACGCAAUGCUUGGUGUUCCAAGCCGAAUGGUGCACUCCACUACAGCUGCCACUACAGAGAUAUGCGCAACUCCAGAUCCUAUUCGACUAGCUUCAACUUUCUAUACGCUGUCUAGUACAAUAUAUUAUCGACUCUCUUCAGUGAAUGAAAGUCAAGCCAGCUACGUACAAAUGUCAUAUGGACGCCCCACACCAGUGUGGUUUUCCCGUUUCGGGCCCAUCAUGCUGUGGUAUUUCGUGCUCGACCUUCUCAUCAAGUGGCCGGUAGAUGCCAAAGCUCGCUGUGUCGUUGAGAGGACAUCUUGUGCUUAUCAUGUUACAGGAAAUUCGGCAAUAUGCCUAGCCCGUGGGGUUGCUUGUUCAACUAGGAACAUGGCGGUCGGGCUCAAGCACUUCGGUGCAUUUACUGUUGACUUUUUCUAUUUCCCACGAACCGCUCUUUCCGUGAUUUGUAAGCCGCCAAUUUCAUGCUUCGAGGCCUAA